AUAUAUAUAUAUAUAUAUAUAUAUAUAUAUAUAUAUAUAUUCGAAGGAAUGUUUUUUCUUCAAUUUCCUCAUUUAAUCUAUGACUUUUUCCUCUGAAUUUUUGCAUUUCUCAGAAUUAUUGUAUAUGUUUUGGUUUAAUUGAUGGAGACGCAGAGGAUUAUGGAAUUUCCUCGUCGAAAUAUGGACAAGCAAUCUCGAAAACGACCUCGUUUAACGUGGGACGUACCUCCUGCCAUUCCUCUUCCUGCAAAGGUCCUUCCACCAAUAUACUGUAGGCAAGAUUUUGCAAAUGGAGCAGUUUUUAAUUAUGCUUAUUCUUCUAUAUAUUACAAAGGGAUCCCUAACACUGGAUCCCCACCUUGGAGGGCAGAUGAUAAAGAUGGACAUUAUGUGUUUGCCAUUGGAGAGAACCUUACUCCUCGUUAUAGGAUACUGAGCAAAAUGGGUGAAGGGACGUUUGGACAAGUCCUGGAAUGUCUGGACAAUGAAAGGAAGGAGCUUGUGGCUAUCAAAGUGGUUCGUUCAAUACACAAGUAUAGGGAUGCUGCUAUGGUUGAGAUUGAUGUUCUACAGAAACUUGCCAGGCAUGAUAUUGGUGGCAAACGUUGUGUGCAAAUUCGGAAUUGGUUUGACUAUCGUAAUCAUAUAUGUAUUGUUUUUGAGAAGCUUGGUCCAAGCUUAUAUGAUUAUCUACGCAAAAACAGCUAUCGUUCAUUUCCAAUUGAUCUUGUGCGGGAGUUUGGAAGACAACUUUUGGAGUCUGUAGCAUUUAUGCAUGAUCUGCGGUUGAUCCACACUGAUCUGAAGCCAGAAAAUAUUCUCCUUGUAUCGUCAGAAUAUAUUAAAGUACCAGAUUACAAGUUCCUAUCACGACCUGCAAAAGAUGGUUCCUACUUCAGGAACUUACCCAAGUCAAGUGCUAUUAAGCUUAUUGACUUUGGCAGUACUACAUUUGAACAGCAAGAUCAUAGUUAUGUGGUUUCAACUCGUCAUUACCGUGCUCCUGAGGUUAUCUUGGGUCUUGGAUGGAACUAUCCCUGUGAUAUGUGGAGUGUAGGUUGCAUUCUUGUUGAACUGUGUUCUGGUGAGGCUCUUUUCCAGACACAUGAGAACUUGGAACAUCUUGCUAUGAUGGAGCGAGUAUUAGGUCCUUUGCCUCAACAUAUGAUUAUGAGAGCUGACCGUCGUGCUGAGAAAUAUUUCAAAAGAGGUGGUGCUAGGCUGGACUGGCCAGAGGGUGCAGCUUCAAGUGACAGUAUGCGGGCAGUUUGGAAAUUGCCCCGUCUUCAGAACCUCAUAAUGCAGCAUGUGGACCAUUCGGCGGGGGAUCUUAUUGAUCUCUUGCAAGGGCUGAUGCGUUAUGAGCCAGCAGAGCGGCUCAAAGCAAGGGAAGCUCUGAGGCACCCUUUCUUCACCAGAGACUUGAGAAGAAGGUGUGGUCUGUAAAUAACAUAUUCUUUUUCUCAUAUUAAUGCCUUGACUUUGGACAAAAAUGGAAAUAAUUCAUUUAUUAAUAUCAAAA